AUGUCUCGUUAUAUGGACAAAAUAGAUAAGGAAUUUAUUGACUCUUUGUAUCCUGGAUAUCUACUAAAACAACCUAUCGCACUAGAGUUAUGGUCUCAAUAUUAUGAGCAUAAGAGACUGUUUCAUAAAUCUGCUAAUAAUCAAUUACGUAAAACAGGAAUCAACGGUGCGCGAUCUAACUCUAAUGGUGAAUCAAUUGGAAGAGAUGGUGAAUCAACUAAUGAACUUGACUCGUUUUAUAUUAAUCGGCUAUCUCCUAGUACAAGAAAGGAAAUCUGGCAAAAAUUAAUGAACUUAGGUGUUCUUGGAACGGUUCCAUACCAAUCAGCUAGUGACGAAUAUAUUGUUCAGUUAUACAAAUAUUUCUAUUUAGGUAAGAAUUCUGGAAAAUCUAAUAUAGCAGACUCUACCACUAUUGGAAUUACAUCUCCAUUUUCUGACAAACUUGAUAUAUCCAAUAAGACUCAUCUUGAUGCUAUUGCACAGAAGGAUGAUGACAAUAUUAAUUAUAAUGAUAAUGUUGUUAAUGAUUCAGCUCAGAAUACAAGAGUUUUACCUGACUCUGAUCAUAAUGUACUUUCAAGUGAUAAGGGACAAACUGAUAGCCUUUUGGCUGAAGUGUUAGAUGAAGACAAUGAUCAAGAUUGUCUAUAUUAUUCCAACUUAGGUGAGAGUAAGAUACCUUGUAAAUUAAAAAAGAACAAUACACCUAUGGACAUUUACGAAACUUUGAAUUAUCCGCUACCGACAUAUUGGGUCCAUCAACCCGGAAAUAGUGUAUUGAUAUCUAACGAUGGUAUAUCUAGAAUAUCACCAAAUCCACACUGGAAAUCGUAUAUGAAAAUUGAAACUUCUGAAAACAUGAGUGCUUAUGGCAGACAUAGAAUGAGAGAUUCAGAAAUAACCGUAACAGGACAGAAGUACGAAUAUGCUACGACUUGGGCCAAUAAUAGCGUUUCUUUACCCAAUGUCGGUAUAUACUACUUUGAAGUCCGGGUUCUUAAUGUAAGUAGUUCACAAGGUGGCGCAAAUAGUAAUAUCAUUGUAGGUUACAAGUUAAAGUCUUUAAACAGCGAAGAAGAUGAUGAAGAGAGCGCUGAUAAUUUGAAUAUGGAUAACGCUAUGAUAGACAACUCCGUAUCAUCCGUACAUUUUAUGGAAAUGGGCGGCAGAGCAGAUGACCAUGGUGACAAUAUUGAAACACAUGGCGAUGUUCGACCAUUUAUCACGGAACCAACAGAUUUCAGAGAACCAAAUACAAGAGGAAGUUCUGAUGGUCUAUCGGCAAUUCGUAAUAACACUGGUUCAAUAGCUGGGUUUUAUGCUUACUCUGGUUAUGAUGGUAAAAUAUCAAGCCCAAGACAAAUAUCAGGUUAUAAUGAACCUUAUGGAAGAGAUGAUGUUAUUGGAUGUGGUGUUAAUUUUAUUGAGGGUACUAUAUUUUACACCAAAAAUGGUGUAUAUUUAGGAAAUGCAUUUCGUGAUGUACAAGAUAGUAAUUUUGUACCUGCUAUAGGAUUGCGCCCUGGGAAUGCAGUAAGAACAAAUUUUGGAUUAUAUGAAGAAUUUGUCUUUGAUAUCAUGGGCUAUCAAAAUAACUGGAAACUAAUGGCUUAUGAACAUAUUUUCAGUUCAUUAUCUAAUGGGGCAAACAAUACAACUAAUUCAACGAAACUUUCAUCGAAGUACAAAGGAGAUAGAGGGAAAAUUGGUAUAUCAGAUAGCUCUAGUGAAUCAAACAGUGAUGAUGAUGAUGACAAUGAUGGUGAUGUUUCUAUGGAUGAAGCCUAUGAUACAAAUGAGAAUGACUUGAAUCACAAUAGUAAUAAGAAACCAAAUCUUGUUGAGGAUGAAAACAAAAAGGGUAUGACUACCAAUAUUGAUGACAAACCAUUCUUGUUAGGAGAAGAUUCAAGAAUUGUAAGAAAUGGUAAAAUGGUUAAACCCGCAACAGAUAAAAUAAAUGAAAUGUCUAUAGACGACAAUUCAAUCCCAUCCAUGUUGAAUGUAUUGAUUAAUGACUAUCUGAUACACGAAGGUAUGAUAGAUGUUGCGAAGGGAUUUUUAUCUGACUUACGUAAAGAUACUAAUGGCAUGGAUCUUGAGGAAGUUAAUUCUCUCGGUUGUGAUAAUAACUACGAAGUAAUUAAACAUAAUGAACAACAAAUCAUUAACGAAGAAGAAUUAUUAAGGAUGAGAUAUGAAAUUCGUCGGUUAAUAAAUAGUGGUGAAGUUAAUAAAUGUAUUAUAUACAUCAAGGAACAAUUACCUGGUUUGUUAGAAGAAAAUAUGACUUUAUUAUAUGAUUUAAGACUAGUUGAAUUUUUAUUAGAGAUCAAAAAUAAUAAUAAAUCAAUUAAAGAUAUUCUAAAAUCUGCUCAUGAAUUGGCCAAACAAUUUGUUCAGGAUUCUGAGAUUGAACUUGAAUUGAGGCAAACAUUCGAAAAAGAGUUGUUUAAUGUAUCAGGAUUAUUAGCAUAUGAUAAUCCAUUAGAAGAAGCACCUGAUGAUCUUUCAAUGUAUCUAUCUAAUGAUUUUUUACAGGAUCGUUUAUUUCAAACAUUAAAUUCCAAUAUAUUAGAUUUUCUGGGGAAAGACAGUGGUUGCGCGUUAAAUAAUAUUGUUAGUUAUACCAGAUCGAUGCUUUCAACGUUAGUUACAUAUGGAGAUCAACAGUAUCAAUCAUCGACACAACAUAAAUACUACAAGAUGUUAAAUAUGGAUGAGGAUCUGUUGAAUUUAUAA